UUUUGGGACAUUCAAAAUAUUACUUUUUAAUUUUGGGACUUAAUAAAUAUCUUGAAUUAACUUGUGGUCACCAUUUUUACAGGAGAUCAGAAUCGUACCUAUCCCUUCGAUUUGAAUCUUUGAGUACCAUCGUAACAGGAUGGAUGCCAACUCUUCUUCGAGCAGGAAGAGGAAUGGCAUUAUGGGAUAGAUCAAGGAAAGAGCCACCACCUAAAAAGCUGGAACUCUUCUCAUAUGAGAAUAAUCCUUAUGCUCGGAUAGUGCGAGAAGCACUUUGUGAACUGGAGCUUCCUUAUAUACUGAAUAACAUAGGUGAAGGAUCAGCACGUGAAGAGUUACUCAUCCAAAUAUCUGGUGGAAAGGAGGUGCCUUACCUUGUUGAUCCAAAUACAGGCACACAAAUUGGUGACUACAAGAAGAUAACAUCAUACUUGUUUCAGACCUAUUCUUUGGAUGCUCUAUAGUUUCAUGGUUGUUGUAACUGAUAAAUGGCUCUGACUUUUCUUAUGUAUUACUUGUACUGUAUAAAUGAUUGAUGAUUAAUUAUUCCAAUGAUUACAAAUUUUUUGAACAUGUAA